GAGUGGCUGCUGUAGUUUCCUGUGUGUCAGACUUCCAGUAAUGAUCACUUUUAACCCCCCAUGCCAUCACAGUGUGUGUCAACACGCUUUCUUCUGACACUUAACGGCAUCAAGACCAAACCAAGGAGUAUAUUCAGCGAAACACAAGCGGUUUGCAAUGGUGCAAUGUCUGGUGUUCACACUGCUCUGGAUCUGUGCUGUGGCACUGCAUGCCCUUGGGAGUACAGAGAGAGUAUCUCAAACGACUGAGCCAAGUGUCUCUAUGACAGCACCGACGGCUGAGACAGUUACUUUAGGACCAAUUGAGACCCAAAGCCCUGAUACACACACACACCAGAGCCUAGAAGAAGAACAAAAACCACUUCCCUCAGAACCCUGUCAGGAUGACGAGUUGGAUAAGAGGGUGUACCAGAGGGAUUCUGAUGGUGUUAUGCAGCUGGUUCAGGGAGAGGACUACAAAAACACUUGCAACCUAGCAGACAGUGAACAGGCCCACUGUCUUAUCUACCCUACCAAUCAACUCAACUGCUCCUGGAAUUUCCAUGGUCUCCCUAACGACAGCCAAUCCUAUGCCUCCGUCUUUGUGUUUAAGAAAACUGAGGGAAUCUCCAGUGUGGACUGUGUCACUGAGGCCAUAGGAGGCCAAGGAGCCCAGGGAGGGACUGGUAAGGCUGACCGUGUGGUUGGACAUGUGUCUGCUGGGUGCCAAGGCAGUGUGGACAACAGCGCCACCUGUGUGAUCCUGACUUUAAACGUGUCAUGCUCUGACGUGUGGAGCAUCUACACCCAUAAAUACCAGACCAAUGAUAUUGAUGUGCUAUGCCCGCCCCCCAACAUCAACCCAUCCUGGGUCAGAGAGGGGGUUCUGCUGGUGAAGUGGGGUCUCCCGUCCAGCCGGUUACGCAGCAACACCAGCUGUUUCCACUACCAGCUACAGAUCAAUGACCAGGUGAGGGAAUUUAAGGGUGGACUGACAUACAAUGAGACCAACGCAGACCCCACACAUUCACACGAUGUGAAGAUGAGGGUGAAGAAGAGUAAUAGCUGCAGAGGAUCUCAACACUGGAGCAGCUGGAGCAACACCACCAAGGUGGCCCCGUUUGAAUCUCCCAAUCAGCUGAACUCUCUGGUGGUCAUUGGCAUCGCUCUGGGAAUACCCAUGGUCCUCCUGUCUCUGCUGCUGCUGAUUCGACUCCAGAGGGAACGUCUGUUUCCCCACAUCCCUGGUCCCCCACUGAAGAUUAAACACCUCUUGGAGAGAGACGACCAGUUUCAGUUUGUCCCUCAGGCCCUGCAGUCCAAAUUUGUUGAGGAGAUCACAGUGGUGGAGGAAGCUAAGGAAACACCUGUGAAUUUGGCCAGUUAAACAAGAUGGCCUGUUUAAAGCCCAAUCAUCAUAAACUGUGUAAGAGCCGAUCUGUAAGGAGGAUCCCCUUAGCAGAUGCAGUCAUUACCAUUUGUUAAUACCUAUCCAAUCCUUUCAAGAGUGGAUGCUACUUAUUGACAUGCAUUGUUCUUACAUGCUUAAUAGUGUCUACUCAAUGAAUUGUUCUAAUGUGCUCAGCUUCCACCAGUGUUGUAGUACUCGAGACCAAGACCAGUCCAGUCUCGAGACCACAUAUUGGUCUUGUCUUGGUGUCAGCUACAUUCGUACUCGGUCUUGACUCGGUCUCGGACAGUGAGGACUCGUAAUUUCUUCCCUAGACCAGCGGAGUAAAAAAACUCAAACAUAUACACUCCUUUCUUGAAACAUUAUCUUACAACCUUUAUCUUUUAUAGACAUGUUUACGUAGUGGUGAACCUAUAGGACUUCAGUGUGUGACAGGUUCGUGAUUCUGAAAGGACAGCAACCGUAAUACCAGAGACUCAUGUAGGAGGGUGCACUUUUAGUAAAACACAAAGGGACAGUGGUGUAGUGGAGUAUACGCAGGUAUAAACCGUAUACUCAUUUUUUUCAGUGGGCAUUGCCUAUACUCACUUAAUCCCUAUUGAUGCGUAUAAAAGUAGUGUAGUGGAGGCAGUGGCGACCCGUCAUUAAGGGCAGUUUUUGAGUCCCACCUGUUUAGCAGGGGUGUGCCUGUUUUGCAUGUUAUUUUGUCAUUAAUAUGUGUCACAUAUCAGUUUGAAAAAAAUGAUUGAGUUAAUAAAGCUUCAUACAAACAUG